CGGUGCGCGCAGACAGCUCUCCCCCCUGUCGGGGCGUGGACACGUAGGGAGCGUUCUCGGAAUCGAGGCCCUGGCUCGUGCUUGCAGGAAAGGUUGCACGGAAACGGAGGGGCGUCUUGGCCACCUCGCGAAGUGGUUCAGCCCUGUGCCCUGCCAGGGGCUGGAGAAGGAGACCCCACGAGUCGGGUUGAGCGAGGGAGCAGGGUCCCUGCCCAGGUGUUGUCGCGGAGCGUGUUUAUAAAGAAUGUGGAGGCGGAUCUUGAGUGCUCACAACUCCUGCACCACCACCACCCACCAUCCAAGGAUAUGCCUUCAAGCCUCCACCGAGACCCGACUUCGGGACCUCUGGGAGAACAAUCAAAUUACAGGCCAAUUUCUUUGAAAUGGACAUUCCAAAAAUUGACAUCUACCAUUAUGAAUUGGAUAUCAAGCCAGAAAAAUGCCCACGAAGAGUUAACAGGGAAAUAGUGGAACAUAUGGUCCAGCACUUUAAAACACAGAUCUUUGGGGAUCGGAAGCCGGUGUUUGACGGGAGAAAGAACCUUUACACAGCCAUGCCUCUUCCAAUCGGGAGGGAUAAGGUGGAGCUUGAGGUCACAUUGCCAGGAGAAGGCAAAGACCGCAUCUUCAAAGUGUCCAUCAAGUGGGUGUCCUGCGUGAGCCUACAGGCGUUACACGAUGCACUUUCGGGGCGGCUGCCCAGCGUCCCCUUCGAGACCAUCCAGGCCCUGGACGUGGUCAUGAGGCACCUGCCAUCCAUGAGGUACACCCCUGUGGGCCGCUCCUUCUUUACUGCCUCCGAGGGCUGCUCAAACCCCCUAGGUGGGGGCCGUGAGGUCUGGUUCGGUUUCCAUCAGUCCGUCCGGCCUUCACUUUGGAAAAUGAUGCUGAAUAUCGAUGUCUCAGCAACAGCAUUUUAUAAGGCACAGCCAGUAAUCGAGUUUGUUUGUGAAGUUUUGGAUUUUAAAAGUAUUGAAGAACAACAGAAACCUCUGACAGACUCCCAAAGGGUAAAGUUUACCAAAGAAAUCAAAGGUCUCAAGGUGGAGAUCACGCACUGUGGGCAGAUGAAGAGGAAGUACCGUGUCUGCAACGUGACCCGGCGGCCAGCCAGCCACCAAACGUUCCCUCUGCAGCAGGAGAGCGGGCAGACGGUGGAGUGCACGGUGGCCCAGUACUUCAAGGACAGGCACAAGCUAGUGCUGCGCUACCCUCACCUCCCGUGUUUACAAGUCGGCCAGGAGCAGAAACAUACCUACCUUCCACUGGAGGUCUGUAACAUAGUGGCAGGACAGAGAUGUAUAAAGAAACUCACUGACAAUCAAACCUCAACCAUGAUCAGAGCAACUGCCAGGUCCGCGCCCGAUCGGCAGGAAGAGAUUAGCAAAUUGAUGCGAAGUGCAAGCUUUAAUACGGAUCCGUACGUUCGUGAAUUUGGAAUCAUGGUCAAAGACGAGAUGACAGAUGUGACUGGGCGAGUCCUCCAGCCACCCUCCAUCCUCUACGGGGGCAGGAACAAAGCGAUCGCCACCCCUGUGCAAGGUGUGUGGGAUAUGAGGAACAAACAGUUUCACACCGGCAUCGAGAUCAAGGUGUGGGCCAUCGCCUGCUUUGCCCCCCAGCGCCAGUGCACUGAGGUCCACCUGAAGUCCUUCACGGAGCAGCUCAGGAAGAUCUCACGAGACGCCGGCAUGCCCAUCCAGGGCCAGCCUUGUUUCUGCAAGUACGCCCAGGGAGCGGACAGCGUGGAACCCAUGUUCAGGCACCUGAAGAACACCUAUGCUGGGCUGCAGUUGGUGGUGGUCAUCCUGCCUGGCAAGACCCCUGUCUAUGCUGAAGUGAAGCGGGUGGGAGACACAGUGCUGGGAAUGGCCACGCAGUGCGUGCAGAUGAAGAACGUGCAGAGGACCACACCGCAGACCCUGUCCAACCUCUGCCUGAAGAUCAACGUCAAGCUGGGCGGCGUGAACAAUAUCUUGCUGCCCCAGGGCAGGCCUCCUGUGUUCCAGCAACCGGUCAUCUUCCUGGGGGCCGACGUCACCCACCCACCUGCUGGGGAUGGGAAGAAGCCUUCGAUUGCUGCAGUCGUGGGCAGCAUGGACGCCCACCCCAACCGUUACUGCGCCACCGUGCGGGUACAGCAGCACCGGCAGGAGAUCAUCCAGGACCUGGCCGCCAUGGUGCGCGAGCUGCUCAUCCAGUUCUACAAGUCCACGCGCUUCAAGCCCACCCGCAUCAUCUUCUACCGCGAUGGCGUCUCUGAGGGCCAGUUCCAGCAGGUUCUCCACCAUGAAUUAUUGGCCAUCCGCGAGGCGUGUAUUAAGCUGGAGAAAGACUACCAGCCGGGGAUUACUUUCAUCGUUGUCCAGAAGAGGCACCACACGAGGCUUUUCUGCACCGACAAGAACGAGCGGGUUGGAAAAAGUGGAAACAUUCCAGCAGGCACAACCGUGGACACGAAAAUCACCCACCCAACCGAGUUUGACUUCUACCUGUGCAGCCACGCUGGCAUCCAGGGAACAAGCAGACCUUCCCACUACCACGUCCUGUGGGAUGACAAUCGUUUCUCCUCCGACGAGCUGCAGAUUCUGACCUACCAGCUGUGUCACACCUACGUGCGCUGCACACGCUCUGUGUCCAUCCCUGCACCGGCUUACUACGCUCACCUGGUGGCCUUUCGGGCCAGGUACCAUCUGGUGGACAAGGAACACGACAGUGCGGAAGGAAGCCAUACCUCUGGGCAGAGCAACGGACGCGACCACCAGGCCCUGGCCAAGGCUGUCCAGGUCCACCAAGACACGCUUCGCACCAUGUACUUUGCUUGACGUGUUUUAGGGUUUUAGCGAUGUGUACCGAGUUGGAUUCCCAUGAGACCAGCUACACUCAGACCAACAGUUGCCCAGCCCUUCCGUGACAGCCAGCAUUGAACAUGAGAUGUCCUUUAUUUUAUUAGAUUUUCCAUUUUCCAGAAUGCCUUUCGUCCCAGAUUUCAAACUCGGAUUUUGAAACUGCAGACCUGUAUGAGACCCCGUUGUUGUAGGAAGUAUGGUUUGCCAAAAUCUAUAAGCUGCUUAUUAAAAAUAGAAGUCCCAUUUUUCCUAAAAAAGAAAAGAAAAAAAAUUCUCCUAAAACCAAUCUAUGAACUCAGGGCUUUAAAACAUUUUUAAUUUAUUUGAUCAUUCAAUUUACUUGUUUUUAACACAUGGUUCUCUAUGAAACGGGUGGGCUCAAACUAGCUGCGAAUGUGUUCUAGAAGGUGAAAGCAACACAAAACACCAUGGUGGUUUUAAAGCCGUGAACAUCCCCAUGUCAUCACUGAAGUUGGUUUCCAAGUGGCCCUGGUGGGUCGCCGGCAUGGCCACAGAUGCCCUUGUCCUGCCACUGCUGUCCUUUUACUCCACUUGACAUAAGGGGUGGUGGCAGGAGACAGGCCACGUGUGUUUACAGCAUUUAUAGGUCCAGAGAGAUUGGCAGACAAGUGCCAUUUUAAUAAAAGUUUAUUUAAAGAAGAAAAAAAAAAAAAAAAAAAACCAAUAUACCGACAGUCUAAUCAUAAGAUUUGUCCUCUAGGACUGUGACAUUUAUUUUCCAAAGUUUCUUAAGAAUACGGGUCUGUGGUGAUAAAUACAGUACAAUCCUUUUUCACUGUUAUGUCUUUAAUGUAAGAGAAAAAAUAUAUAUAUCUGGUUUGCAGUAUUAAUGUGAUAGGUAGAUGCUGUUUUUUAUUUUAUUUCCUACGGGGUGCUUCUUGUGAUCUGUUUAGCGUAUCGAGAGCAUUGUGGAGCCUGGAGGCUGAACCUCACCUGGCGGUCCCUAGUGCUUGAGGACAGGGAUACGCAAUUGACUCAAUGUGACGCGGCCUGCCUCCCCUCCGCGCAGAUGGUGUAGCCUGUGACUUCACCCGCCGCCGGUCCCCUGUCCUCAUCCCCCCUGUUGCUCGGCCGGUUAAGCACAAGUGGAAUUUAUUUAUUCUUCUGUUCCCAGGACACGAAUUGGUGUUAGGGAGUACCCUGUCUGUGUGUGGUGUUUCAUAGGCUCUGUAUGCUGGAAUACCUAGCAAGCCGCAGACGUCCCCUUUCGGGGGGACGGCUCUGCAUCCUGCAAGAGGCCAGCAAUUGGUGACGAAGCCCUGCCCCCAGUGGUGCGGCCUCGGAAGACAGGACACUUGUGUUAGGAUUCACAUCCUGGGCCCCAGACGUGGGUUUGCCGAUCUGUAAACCAUUGCACUGAUAGUGGACAGCUCAGAAAGGAUCACAACAGACCAGCUGUGUUUGGCCGAAGGGGUUUUUUUGUCCUUGCACACUAUUUUCCUAAGACUCAAAUCCAUAUUCCAUGUAGAACUCCAGGGGCGGAGGCCCCCUGACCCCCUUAGUGCUGCUUUGUGAUCUCCAGGUGCCCCCUCCCUGCUCCUCCAGCCCUGCCUGCCUGAUGUGGGCCUCAGGCACUGCGGUGGAGGGAGGGCGGGGGCCGCCCAUGCCUCCUGCUGGGGUAGAUACCCAUGUCUGUCCUCGCUGCUGGGAGGGGGCAGGGAGCCCAGGUGACACUGCCUGGGUGUGGGCAGAGGUGGCAAAAGGAUGGUGAUCAUUUAUGAUGCUGUCUACUCAGUAGUGUGUGUGUGUCUGUGUGCACGGAGGGUCUCACCAAUGGCAUUAGUCUCUUCUUGCUGUGUCUUUUUUUUUUUUUUGUCUUUUUGAAUGACAGAAGCCUCUGCUCUAAGAAAUGUUGCAAUUUCCUGUCAUUUUACUGGCAAGUGGCACUUUCUCCUGUUCUCAGAAGGGUACAGACAACGCUCUUGGCUCCAGUUACCAGGGGCGUUCAAGCUAAGGAGGGAACCUUUAAUAAUAAACAUUUUAAAGCCUGAAAUUGGGCUACUUUUCAGCCAUUUCAGAAUCAUCUAGAACCAUGAGUUUCAGAGGGUGUGGGCCUACCACCCCCAACAGGUCUGUGUGUGUGGUGGGGGAGGGGCUUCAUGUUAAAAAUGCAGGUUCCUGGGCCUCACCAAGACCUUCAAAGUCAGAUUCUCUCGGCCCAGGCCUGGGUGUCUAAUUUUGUUUAGAUCAUUUUGAAGGAAAAGUUUUCUUAUCGGUGGGCCACAGUACUUGGAGAAGAGCCCCGGCAGUGCAGUAGUUAAGAGCUCGGCUGCUAACCAAAAGGUUGGCAGUUCGAAUCUACCAGCUGCUCCUUGGAAACCCUAUGAGGCAGUUCUACUCUACCCCAUAGGGUCACUGUGAGUCAGAAUUGACUCAAUGGCAACAGGUUUGGGUUUUUUUUUGUUUAUACUUUGGUAAAACUUUUCAUAGUAAAGACAUGAAUAGACCAAAUGUCUCCAGUUGGGUUAGCCCACACGUUUCUGAUGGUUCAGAAUUCAAAUGGCUGUAAUCAAAAUUUCUCAGGUAAAUGAUCGUUUUUCCCAAAUUCUCCCAGCCCCUCCAUCAUUGGAAUUUGUGCUCUAAUAAUGAAGGAAAACCAUCACACCGAGGCUUCUUUUUCCCUAAAUUUUGAGACUGCAUGAGACCUCAAAGUGUAGUGGGAUAUGUCUAAAUCCCCCCCACCCCCACCCACUGCUGUUUCCAGUUGUGCUGCCCAUCCUACCCCCCCCCCAUGGAAGGGUACCUAGUGGCUGCUCUGUGGGACCCCUGGGCACAGACCUUCACCAUGGUACCAUCCUCCUGAGCUUGGCUGGUCUCCCAAGGCGCAGGGCCAUUCACAGAUUUGAGGGGGGCCCUUUCCCUAGCUCUGUCCCCAACCUACUGUUACGUAAGGUGUGCCUUGCUUGAAGCAAACUGAAUGUGAAUCGCAAUGUAGAAAACCUGGGUUUUAUUUGAAAGAAAAACUGGGGUUUAUCUCAUCUCUUUAAAAGAGGUUUCCCAAUUAGAUUCCUAUACUGGCACUGUACCUAGUAUAUUUUAAAAUACUUGCUUUUUAAAAACAUUAAUGUACACCCAUCCUUUUACCACUAUCUAUUACACUAGACAGGUUCCCUCUGGACUGACUACAUGAUGACCCAAGGGAGCUAUUUCCAGCCACCAUUUUGUAUAAGCCGCCUUGGUGAUACUAAGAUGCCAUCCUGUUGUUUGUGUGUUGUAAGCUCAGACUUUCCUAGAUCUGUAGGUAAAUUUUUUAAAACUGGACAUACCUGUACUUUUGGGAAGGGAUUGUUUAGUUUUGGGUGUGUGUGUGUGUGUGUGUGUGUGUGUGUGUGUGUGUGUGUUCCUGUUUUGAGAAGUCUUUACAUAACACUUUUGAUACUACAUUUUAGGGUCUGCUUCUUCUUUUCAAGAUUAUAUUGCUCUUUGGAAUUGUUCUCACACUCCCUCAAGGAGGCUUCUCCUUUAGAAGGAAUGUCUGCAGCCUCUGCAGCCACCAGGAGCCCCCACCUGUGUGUUGACUGCCCUGAGAGGGGAAUCCUUGGAAACAGGGCGUGCUUUCUGUGCUGUUUGAGGCUGGCCGUAAUCACUGUUAUUACUGAAGUUUACCCGGGUCGUUGAGUGCUCAUUAUAAGACAGCCUGAGUUCUGUUCCUGCAGCGGGAUUGGGGCGGGGGGGGGAGGCUGUUGUCGUAUGUUAUUUUUAUUGUUGUGAAAUGCAAACGUUGCUAUUUAUUUCGUCCUUUCUGCCCUGGUUUGAUCUGGCCUUUGUGAAUACGCCAGUGCAUGUGGUACCUAAUGAAAAUGGUAGCAAAUAUCUCCCCCAGUGUUUAUAAAUUACCCAGUGUUUCAGGCUUGCUGGAUGAUUUAUUUUUGAAAGCCACAAAUGUAAUUUUUCUGGAUGAAUUGUUUUUCUUAUAUAUGCAGCAAUGUGAUUUUGCAUUGGCCUGCGAGUGAUUUAAAUUUUAUUUUUACAAGGCCGUUUUUCAGUCAGAUUCUAUAUUUGAUACAACGUGUUAAGGGUAGACCAGCCAAGCGUCAUGCAGCUUCAAGGCCUUUGGGGCAGGGCCGGCCUCUCUCGAGAUUGCAUGUGACCGUGGGAGCACUUGGCUUGUGUCUCGUUGUCAUCAGAACCUGGACGUAGCUCUCCAAAGUAACUUUUGACCUGUUGGACAGUUGAAAGGAUUUUCAUGGGCAUUUUCCUAAACCUGAGGCAAUUCCAUUAGAAGGACCUUUAGAUGUUGACCUGAUCCUGACAGUGGACAAUCCCAGUGGCCUAGACAAGCCAUAAGAAAUUUUCCUGUGACCUCUCAUCUCUCCCGCUCACGAGAAAAGGAAUGUACGAUAAACAGAAGCUUUCUCGGUGUUCAUGCUCCUCACUUUCAGAAUGCAAAUAUUUUAUUUAUAUUUUGAGUCUUUCCCCAAAGGAACCGAGGAUAUGCUCCCUAACCGCCACCCUGGCCAUUUUGGCCGGCCUGGCGUUUUCCACGUAGACCCCGUGCGCGCGUGUGGCUUUCGGAACGCAGUGUCUGUGCGCUCUGAAAUGGCGCGCCGACUCUUUUGUAAGGAAACUUUUCAGCUCAGAACAAUUGCACUGAUUUUUUAACAGCUCCCUUUUGACUGUCCCAGCUUUGCAUCUGCUGUGCUUGUCUGACAAGAUUGUAAAUAGGUUUAUGGUGGCGGAGAGGACAUGAGCCCACUGUGCUUUGUUUUAGCGACUGUCAGUUUUCAGUAUUACAUGUUAGAGUUGUGUGGACUAGACUCUGCCCUUCUCUAGGGCUUCGUGUCUGUUGACCAUUCAUGAAGGACAAACUACACUUGUUUUCUUGUUUUUCUGGAAGGAAGUUUUCAGCCUGUUGUUAAUAUGCUCUCUCCCUGAGACCCGAACAUUUAACUCUCAAGAGGAUUAAUUGUGAACCUUUUGAACACUUUCUUGAUCUGCUUACCCAUUGCUGUAGAGUCGAAUUCUGACUUAUAGUGACCCUACGGGACAGAGUAGAACUGUCUCAUAGGGCUUCCAAGGCUGUAAUCUGUACGGAAGCAGACUGCCACAUAUUUCUCCCGUGGAGCUGGCGGGUUCGAGCCACUGACCUUUCGGUUAGUAGCUAAGCGUGUAACCAUCGCGGCACCAAGGCUCCUUUGAUCUGCUUCUGUCCUCGUUAUUUGCCAAGGCUCCCAAAGCGUUUUCUUCUAGUUCCGUCCAGCAUUGGACAGUUUGGAUAGGAUGGGUCUGCUUGGCCAUGGUAACGGGAGGGAGGGGAGCCCCUUGCUUCCCUCUGGCCAGCUGCCCUUGUAAAGCCAUGAGGUCACCGUUGUGUGAAAACUGUCUUUGUGGCUUAAGCCAUAGAUCCUAGGAAGCCCCGAAACAGUGCUUGUGCCUCGCAAUCUUUCUAGGCUCUAGGUUAGAAGUGUGCACCUCUGUUCUCCAGCCCCCUAUGUGUGAUUCUCUUUGUGGUUAUGCUACCAGGUGUCAGAAACAGACAGGAACUUGUGACCCUGCACCUGCCACCCGUGUGUGUGUUCAUGUUGCACCGACGCCACCGUGGUCCCCACUGACGCUUCUUGGGAUAGCUGUACUAUUCUUUUGCCAUUUUAUUGUCUAAAAUGAAUGUAUUGGUUCAGCCAAAUCACUACAGAAGGUGGUUCUUAAAUACCUAUUAGUUAAAAACCAAGUGCAGAUGAAGGCUACCUCUGACUUCCCCACAGAUUCAUGUUUGCUCUUAAGCUUAGUGACCCACCCUGAAAACAGCCAAAAUGUUGCCCAAAUAAACUGAAUUGUGAACAUCUCUCUGUUCAGUGCUGGCUUGAAAACGUGCCAUACUGUGACCCUUGGGCGGCCCUCCCACUCUUCCAAGAGCUGGGCCAGGCUCCUCCAGUGCCGCCCACCUCCCAGAUUCUAGCAUUCACAGAGGCCAGCAGGAGCGGAGCAGAAGGACCUGCCCCCAGCACCGUGCACUGCCCUCCCAGGCCAGUGUGUGCCACAAGACCUCGGAGUGGACCACUGUCCUGACAGGCUUUUCACUUCCCUGUCCCUUUUUUCCUGCUUUUCUUACAAAUGGGUUGAAAGUGGCUCCGUCUGCUCGCUUCUUCCUUUUUGUGCAGUCUGUAAACUCUCGAAGGUGCUCAAACACCAACUCCUGUGCAGAUAAUGCAGCCGAGAUAGCUGCAUGCCUCAGAAGACGGUGCAGACACAACUGACCUUUGACUUUGAACCUUGAGUUAAUACCGCUCCCUAUUUAAUGAUGACCUAAUAUUUGAAAGAAAAUGUUCUGUUCAAAUCCAGAGCCCUUUGUUAGGAGGGAACUCAGGGCCACUGCUUGUGGCUUGAAGAAGGAGUUCCCGCUAGCAGUGCUCUGGAUGACCUAUCUCUACCAACUAGCAGGAAAUCAUCCUAGGGUGUGUUCACGACUGGACACCCUGCCCUGUGAUUAACUACUUUGCUGUCAGAAAUGUCACCCACCCACGCGCCGUGCUUGGGUCACCCACCCACGCACCAUGCCAUGGGUCACCCACCCGCACACUGUGCCUGGGUCACCCACCCGCGCACCAUGCCGUGGGUCACCCAUCUGUGCACCAUGCUGGGGUCACCCACCUGUGCUCCAUGCCUGGUCGACCCAUCUGCACACUGUGCCCGGGUCACCCACCCAUGCGCCGUGCGGUGGGUCACCUCAGCUGGGCCUCUGCAGCCUUUGCGGCUUUCUUCCGGUUCCUGAAGUUCCCUAGUCUUCUCAAGCUUGGCAUCUGCUCUGAAGCACCUCCGUCGGUUCACUGUUGAGUUAAUUCUUGGGGGACAGGUGGAUGGCUCUGUGUUUACAGACGUCUGGAUGUGUGGUGGUAGCACUGCCCCAUGCAGAGUCAGCUCUGAUCCAGGGAGGUCCCCAACACACCGUCUCCUGAGAGCAGGACCUUGAGUGUCAUUGCUCUGCGUCUGAUACUCUUUGUGCCCUGUGGCAUGCAGAUUCCGAGGAGCCCAGUGUCCUUUGUAGCCUCUAAGGAUGCUUUGUGGUUCUUCGAUGACACUGUUGCACCCGAGACAGGGGUCUCCAAGGUGCCCCUCAGUCCUCAGCAUGAACUGUUGGCAUCAGAUCUGUCAGUGUGAGCUGACAGGUGGGCCCCUCCACCAUCUUUCAUGCUUAUGAGGGAUGAUUGACAGAUGAGAGCAUGGAGGAGCCCAGAGCUCUUGGUAACACUGCCUUGCCAGUCGGUGUAAAGAUCUAGGCAUGCUGGCAGUAGGUGUGCUCGGUGGUGUGACGGAAGGGCACGUCCCCCCUUGUUUUGGGGGUCGGCAGGGGACCGGAUUAUCUAUUUAUAAUCUUCUUGGAUUUAAGUAGUUCAGAGCUAGAGCUGCCACCCCACAUGUUAACUCUUCCCCUGAGUUUCUCCAGGAACUACUUGUUGAGGUUGCCCUCCUUCAGCGCUUUCUGAACCUUUACGAUCCUUCCAACCAGUGGGCUGAUCCCAAGGACACACACACCCUCGGCCAGGGGAGCCAGAGCAGACUCACCACUGGGCUCCUUGGCCCCAGCUGAGGUGCUCGUGUGGGCCUGGAGGCACCUUAGAACCCUGGAGAUGGUCUGAGCACUCUGGGCAGGGAGGGCUGUGUCCAGUGGGCGCCAAGCCCACCUCUGGUCCCCUUGUGCUCUGGCCUGAGCGAGCUGUGGAGGACCCAGGCCCGCAGUGCCCUCACAGAGUUACGCCAGGCUGUGCUUUGUUGGGAAACAGCCUGGGCUCCUCACACGUCAGUCACUGCCCCUUUCUCUUUGAGGCUCCCGCCUCAGAUCCCGACUCUGGAAAGUGCUGCCCAUGCCCAGUGCACAGGCGGGAGGGCACGCACUGUCUGUUCCAUGGCAUGACUUCCCACAGGCCCUGACCGGGUCCCCACCCAUGUCAGGGAAUCUCUUAGCCAGGCUUUGACCAUGACCAUCUGCAAAGCCUGGGGGCUUGGUUCUCAUAGUCAUUCAACAACAGUAUUUAUUCUAGUGGAACUACGUUUUACAAAAAGAAUUAGAAUCCUGUCUUUGUGAAACGCUUGUGAAGUCCUCAGCUCCAAGGUGCCAUCCAGCCGUAUCCCCCUUCUCCUGGAACCCUGCUGUUGCUUGGCUCGGGAGCGCUGCGUUGCUUGACUUGGGGACCCGAGGUGUGGCUGUGACCUGGAGCUGUCCACAGAGGACUCAGCUCUGACAUGCCUGAAAUCGAGGUUCUAUUGUGAACUUUUAGCAGUUUUUUGGCUCAUGGUCUAGUUAUAAAUCAUCGUUCCCUGUCAAGGGAGGACUUUAUGGGGUUUAAGUGGGGAAACAAUGCAAUGUCUUUAUUUUUAAAAUUUGGAGAAAAUCUUUCUUAGUGACUCCUCUUGCUCCUCCUUUCUCCCCAGGCCUUCCCUUUGGGAAGACGGGCCUUUUCCUGGGCAGAAGUGAGGGCUAAAGAGGUUCACAAUUUCAGUCCCUCUUCAAAGCCAAAUAGACACGCCUGACUAAAAUCCUGAAGUAUAUAGUUGAGCACUAAACUGAAGCGUGAGCCCUGAGUUAGGUAGUGGAUUUUAAUGUAGUCGCUGAAGGCAUAAAUUCAUGUUUUAUAACUGUAGUGGCAAAUGAGUUUUUAACUUUUUAAAAAGGUUGAAGGAUAACUAAGUUUCUGUGCAGCAAAGUGGCUAAUUACUCAUUAAAUUCAAGAAGAGAAUGUAGUAUCGAAAUCCAGAACCUCUGGUACACUGCAGAUUACUUACCUAAUAUGUAUUCAGGGCUUACAGCCCUUGGUUUUCUCCAUUUUUCUAGUUUUAUUUUUAGAAAAUAAUUUUAAAAGAACCAAAAAUGAACUUAAAAGUUCCCUAGGUGGAUCUUGCCCCUUCUUAACUUUUCCCCACAAGAAGGCAUUUUUAGUCCAAAUGUAUUGUGACCAUUGAAAGUUGACUUUCCUGAGAAGCUGAGCAGCUCGAAGGGCCUCGUUUUAGGCAGUACUCUUGUGUCGCGUCCCGGGCUCCUGUGUACCUGUGCCGUGGACCUACGUGGCUAUGUCCCGUGCUUGCGGUAUAGACACCAUGCAGUGCUGUUUUGUGAAAUUGACAGUCCUGUAUAAACACUUAUUUAUAUACGUUGACCUCUGUAUGGUUUUUCACCUGCUACGUGGAUUGUAAAAUUAACUUAUAAAAUUGAUAGUUCCUGCUAACUACCGUUCCGAGGCUUCAACAUCUUUGGUUUCACACCGUUCUGUGUGUCUUGAAGAUGCCCCAUGCUUGCAUGAUGCUUGGUGGCGAUGCCACUUUCAACUAAGCCUUAAUCAGCUGUUACACUUCUGUCAGAUGCAAAAAUAUUGGGCAGAGCGAGCCCAAACUGUUAGUUCAAGAUCCUGUCUCGUAACACACCGAGUCUUUUCUCUGGCAUUCAAAAGGGAAACUUUUUGUGAUGUGGAUAUCUGCCGUCUGUCUGUCUGUCCCUCUCUCUCUCACUGGUCUAACUUUGCUGUUCCCACUGCUUCAAGAGGAUGGACCAUUCUGCAUCUCUGUGGCCAUCAGUCAAAAGGCCUGGUAUGAAAGUCUUGAGACGUUUUUCAGGGUUACUUUUAAAUGUUUUAUCUUUUUUUCUUCCAGUCUGAGGUUUAUUUAUGGCUGAUGGAGAGUGUGUUUUGGGUGUACACUUUAUUUGCAAACCUGCUCGUGUUCUAAGCUUUCUUCAGGUAGUGCCACCCGCCAUUGCUUCUGCAUAUGAUUAGGAUGGAGUUUUGUUUCUGUAAAAGCAUCUUAAAUUUAGAGAGAAAAUGGAGGGGACCCAGCUUUCUUUACAAUGUGGAUCUACCUCAGUUAAACAGUUGGGUGCUAUUGACUAAGUCUGUCAGAUUAAAUUGGAAACAGUCACCAAACAGUGAGAUACAACUCCACGCGAAGCUUGAAAUCAUCAUUUCCGUUUAUUUAAUAAUAUUUUUUAUUUAUUUUGUGCCUUUUGUGUUGAAU